AUGUUUAGAGAUUAUGACUCAGAUGCAUUCAUAUCUACAAACUCUAUAGAAGAUGGUAUUGACUUAUUUAGUGAAGAAGAUUCAUUUUCUUUUCUAGAAGAACUUUUAGAAGAAGAUACAGAACGAGUUUUGAAGGAACCAGAUGAUUUA